AUGCAGUGUUGCCGAAUGCAGGGCCUUUACUUCAACUAUGACGAGAAGUUCACCAUAGGCCACCACUGCCGCAUAGCUCAAGUCCUGCUCUUGGAAGGGACCGAAAAAGAAGAAGAACCGAGUGAAGAAGAGCCUGAAAUUUCUCUUCAUGCUUUCACUGGUUGGUUUGCCACAAAAACAAUGCGUGUUGCCGCAACUAUCCACAAUCAGCACAUUGUCAUCGUCAUCGAUAAUGGCUUAACUCACAACUUCAUUAGUGAGCGAGUCGCGAGUUUUCGGAAACUACCAAUACUCCCGACCCAAGCUUUCUCAGUCGAGGUUUCGAUCGAUAGCCCGAUAGGGUGUCACGGACGAUUUGAGAAUGUGUUGGUUAACAUCCAAGGUAUAUUCUUCCAUUUGACCCUUUUUGAGUUGCCGUUAACUGAUCUCGAUCUUGUUCUUGGAAUUCAGUGGUUGGAAGCGUUAGGGACGGUCAUGUGUGAUUGGGGUCGGAUGACCAUGGAAUUCCAGUGGGGUGGUCGAUUGAGGCCAUAUCGGUAUGCUUAUUUCCAAAGAAGUGAAAUUGAGAAACAGGUAAAUGCAAUUCUUGAUUCAGGGCUGAUUCGGCCAAGCACCAGCUCAUUCUCUUCACCGGUGCUAUUAGUACACAAGAAAGAUGGGACUUUGAGGUUUUAUACCGACUACAGGCUCCUCAAUUCAAUCACCAUCAAAGACAAGUUUCCCAUCCCUACGAUUGAUGACAUGUUGGAUGAACUCCAUGGAGCUGCUUUCUUUACUAAACUCGACCUCACCGCGGGCUAUCGCCAGAUUAGGGUACACCCAACAGAUAUUCACAAGACAGCCUUCUGCACUCAUAACGGUUAUUAUGAAUACCUCGUCAUGCCAUUUGGGCUCUGCAAUGCCCCUUUCACCUCCCAAGCCAUCAUGAACAACAUCUUCAAACUUGAGUACUUGGGGCACAUAGUCACCUCACAAAGGGUCAAAGUGGAUCAAACCAAAAUUAAGGCCAUCUUAGAUUGGCCUCGACCAAACAAUGUCAUGGAAUUAAGGGGAUUUUUGGGUCUGACUGGCUAUUACCAAAAGUUUGUUCGGCAGUAUGGAAUCCUUGCUCGGCCUUUGACUAAUCUCUUGAAAAAGGGACAGUUUGAGUGGACCAAAGAAGCAGAAUCAGCUUUUCAAAACCUCAAAGUUGCCAUGACCAUCACUCCUACCUUGGCACUCCCGAACUUUGAAGAGCCAUUUAUCAUAGAAACUGAUGCUUCUGGUUGCGGCAUCUGGGCUGUCCUCACCAAGCAUGGGUAA